AUGUAUUUCGAAACACUGCUUUGCGGUUACCCACACUGCUUCGUGGCACAGACAAAGGCACGUAACGAGAAGUUAAAAGCAAUACUUCCCUCACGGAAGGACCAGAAUCCUGAGCAGAACCCGGAGGAGAACCUGCCGGACAUCGCGGUGUGCUACGCCGUGGGCGGGAUGUCCACCCACUGGACCUGCUGCACACCCAGGGAACACCCCACCGUGGAGCGCUGGGAUGGGAUAGACGACGAGGAGUGGGACACUCUGUACAGUCGUGCUGAGGAACUCUUCAAAACUAACCAGACGGCUUUCGAAUACUCCGUGCGCAACACCGCUGUCAAGGACGCCCUUCUGCGGGAGUACGAGGGUGACCUGCCUGCUGACUACCCCGUACAGAACCUCCCAUUGGCCUGCGAGCGUCGUAAGGACAAGCCGGAAUUCGUCACCUGGAGCUCCGCCAGCACCAUCCUUGGGCCAUUGUUGGACAUGCCGAAGGAAAAGUUCCAGAUUCUGGAGCAGCACCAGUGUGUCAAGCUGUUCCAUGACGGCAGCAACGUGCAGUACGCUCUGGUCAGGAAUCUGGGGAACUGGAACGAGAAGCUCCGGAUACAGGCAAAGGUGUACGUGGUUUGUGCUGGGACAGUCCAGACACCACAGCUGCUCUACAGGUCUCACAUCCAUCUGACCGCCCUUGGCCGCUACCUGUGUGAGCAGCCCAUGGCCUUCUGCCAGGUCGUGCUGCGGCAGGACAUCAUGGACUCCAUCCCAACACCUGAGGACCAUGAGGAGGACUCGCAGGACCCCAUCCCGAUCCCCAUUAAUGAUCCCGAUCCUCAGGUAUGGAUCCCGGUGUCAGAGGACCGACCCUGGCACUGCCAGAUCCACAGGGACGCCUUUUCGUACGGGGGCAUCAAGCCUAACGUGGACACCCGUCUCAUCGUGGACCUGCGCUGGUUCGGCAAGAUGAACGCGCCUCAUUCUGAUAACAAGAUGACAUUCAGUGACGUCAUCAAUGAUCGCCAUGGCAUGCCACAGGUCACCUUUCACUACAAGAUUCGUACCCAAGAAGAACGUGACCAGCAGCACGCCAUGAUGGAGGACAUGAUGCGGGCUGCCGGGGCCUUGGGCGGGUUUCUCCCGAUCUCACCGCCGCAGUUCAUGCCGAUGGGCCUCUCUCUGCAUCUGACGGGCUCGGUGCGUGUGGGUACAGACCCAACCACAUCUGUUGUGGACGAGUACAGCAAGGUGUGGGGGUUUGACAACCUGUAUCUCGGCGGAAAUGGCGUCAUCCCUACCGCCACAGCAUGUAACACCACCCUCACCAGCUCCGCACUGGCUAUUCGUGCAGCACAGCAUAUCCUACAGAACUGGGAUGAUGGAGAGUAG